AUGGGAGCCGACCCAACGGUUCCCCUGCACGAGACGCUGCUUUUCUUCCUCAAGGUCUGUCCGUUGCUGGUAACGUUCAAGCCCGAUCCAAAUGACCAGCAUGUGAAGGAGUUCGGCGAUGAGCUCUACACCGUGACACUAGAGGUGCAGGACAUACUGCAGUGCGGUGGCAUCACCAUGCCGCACACGGAGGACGCAGACCUGUCCUACUUCCUGCAGCUACAGAUCAGGUGCAGCCAGG